UUAUAGUGUAGCAUAUUGUUUUCUGAUUUAGUGUAGAAAGCGCGCAAAUUAAUGUAGAAAAAAGUAUUAACACUCAUGCAGAGAUACGUAUCAAAAAUAAAUAUCCACUCAUACAUGCUUCACACUUUUAAAUAAUUAUUAUCCUACCAGCAAAUUCCAAGCGUACAUAAAUAAUUCAAUGCCGAUCAACAACAAUUAGCACACCGCAUGCACCAACAACUGCACACAAAACUCCAUAAUAAUAGUACUACUUUGACCUUGAUCUUGAAUCUAAACUGCCGAGACCUCGUUGAAGUACUACUCCGAAAUCCGGCUGUACAGAAUCUCCUAACAUAUCAAAGGCGACUGCGGAAAUUAAUGAAUGAAUCGGAAACCCACUACGUAUAUUGGUAGGAGUACCGGUACGACUUUGGAUUGGUAGAUACCACGCUUCUCCUAACCAAGAGAACGCGAGCUGGCACCCCUCUUCUUCUUUUUAAGUCUGUAGUAAACCGAUGUAUAUAAGCAGUAUACUACAAAUAUUACUCCAAUAAAUAUAUCGUGCACUCUUGAACACUUAAAAAUAAACUUUGUAUUAGUAUACCGCCAAUAACAACAAAAUAAACAUGUUCGUUUACAGUGCCUCAAUUUUAAUUAAUAUACUUAGUGAGGAUGCUACAAGAAAAGUACUUUUAGUGUUUAUGGCAGUUUUAUUAUUAGUGAGAUCUCUUCAAUCUUGGCUGGAAAGCAGAAGCUUGCCACCAGGUCCUUGGGGAGUACCGGUGUUCGGUUCCCUGCUGAAAAUUAAAGGUGAUUUGCACCUUUUCUACAGGGACUUAACUCACAAAUAUGGCUCACUUAUUUCCACAAGGCUUGGUUCCCAACUCAUCGUUGUACUUAGUGAUUACAAAACCAUCCGAGAUGCAUUUAGAAAAGAGGAAUUUACUGGCAGGCCCAGUACUGAACUCACCAAUAUUUUGGAUGGUUACGGAGUAAUCAACACUUCUGGGAAACUAUGGAAAGAUCAGAGAAGAUUCCUUCACGAUGGCUUACGUCAUUUCGGCAUGUCGUACUUGAGCUCGAGAAAAGCACAAAUGGAAAAACGUAUUGUUAGUGAAGUUGACGAUUUUCUAACAGUUUUAAAAGCCACUAAUGGACAACCGAUAGACUUGAACCCAGUGCUGGCCGUGUCUGUUUCCAAUGUCAUAUGCGACGUUCUUAUGUCGGUUAAAUUUUUCCAUAACGAUGCCAGAUUCAGUCGGUUCAUGGAACUUAUCGAGGAAGGCUUUAAAUUGUUUGGAUCGUUAGAGUACGUUUUCUUUAUUCCCAUUUUGAGAUACCUGCCAACACAUAGCAAAACUCGAGAGAAGAUUACACUGAAUCGCAAAGAAAUGGCACAAUUCUUUCAAGACCAAAUCGAUGAGCACAAAAGAACAUUUGACCCCAGCCACCUCCGUGACCUUUUGGAUACUUACCUAUAUGAAAUUCAAAAAGCCAACGAAGAAGGUGUUGGUCACCACUUGUUCGAAGGAAAAGAUCACGAUCGCCAAAUGCAACAAAUUAUGGGGGACUUGUUUUCUGCCGGUAUGGAGACAAUUAAAAGCUCUUUGCAAUGGGCUGUUCUGUUUAUGUUGCACAAUCCUGAACAUAUGAAGGCAGUACAAGAAGAAUUGGAUCAAGUCGUUGGUAGACAGAGGUUACCCAAGUUAGAAGAUCUAGCUUAUUUGCCGGUAACUGAAUCUACUAUUUUGGAAGUUUUGAGGAUUUCUAGCAUCGUUCCAAUGGGCACCACUCAUUCGCCUAUCAGAGAUAUCAAGCUAAAUGGAUUCCAUUUACCUCGACAUGCUCAGGUAGUGCCACUAUUACACGCAGUCCACAUGGAUCCCACCUUGUGGAAGGAACCUGAAAAAUUUGAUCCGUCCAGAUUCGUUAACGGAGAAGGCAAAGUCCACAAACCUGAAUAUUUUUUACCAUUCGGAGUUGGAAGAAGAAUGUGCCUAGGAGAAGUAUUAGCAAGAAUGGAAAUUUUCUUAUUCUUAUCGUCACUUCUUCAUUCUUUUAAUGUUUGUGUACCUGAAGGAGAAACCCUACCAAAUUUAAAGGGUAUUGCUGGAGUAACGAUCAGUCCGAAACCAUACAGAGUGUGUCUAAAACUUAGACCAAUGCAAUGGGACAAUGAAGACAAUCUAAAGCCGUUUGCAAGACAUUAAAGGGCAAGUGUUCAAGAGCACGGUCAGAAUAUUGUUCCUAUUGUAUGUCACAGUACCUAACAAAAAAAAAAAAAAAAUUUAAAAAUCCGAGAAAAAGGAUCUUCGAUUUUUGAUCGGCUGUGCGUUUUAAAGUGUUCAUAAAUAAGUACCUACUUCUAGUAUAGUUUGAUAAUAUUGAGUGUUAUUAAUUAUUUCAUAGGUACUUCGUUUCGUUCCUUGUUUGUUAAGUUUUGUUUUAAGAUAAUAAUAUUUCCAAUGGAAAUGAUUUUAAAAGCAACCCAUAACAACCAAAGGCAAUUGGGUUUAAGCCCUUUUGAUAUUUUACAGUACAAUUGCUAGUCAAGCAUGUAUAUAGAAAAAUAAUUCUGUAAUUUUUACCAAGUUUGGCAUCUCCACGUCUUUUAUCGAUUUUACCAUUUUGACUUGACAGUUUUUUUUUAAAUAAAAUUCUGGUGGAUUUGUAAGCUUUAACAGGGGUUACCACACCUUCAACCACGGUGUCGUAUUUUUGUAUACACUUUUAUAAGGUUUUGAUAAUAUUUUUCAAUAUUAAAUUUGGUUUUUAAGUUGUUUCCAAGAAACAAUAAUUAAACAUAAUUUAUUGUGAUAAUAGUUUUUCAGGAUGUUUAAAAAUAUUAGUUAAUCUUAUUUUUACCAUAUUAUCGUUUUCAUUAUCAUAAAAUAUCAUAACCAUUACAUACAUACGUAAUACAUUAUUAUUUGUUUCGCAAUCGUGUAUUGUAUGGUAUACCAUCUUUUAGAGAGAAAGACUUCA